AUGGCUGUUAGUACAUAUAAUAAUACUCGAAGGAAUGGUCUAAGAUAUGUCCUUAAAAGACGUACCAUUCUAUCUGUUUUUGCUGUCAUUUGUAUGUUAUCAUUGAAUUUAUCAAUAUUUGAAAAUAAUAAUAAUAAUUAUGGAUUCCAUUGCAAUAAAAGACAUUUUAAAAGUUUAGCUGAAGCAAGUCCAGAAGAACAUAACAAUUUAAGAAGUCAUUCAACAAGUGAUCCAAAGAAGAAUGAAGAGAAAUCAUUAAGUGACGAAAUAAAUAAAUGUGAUAUGAAAAAAUACACUGCUGAAGAAAUAAAUGAAAUGAUUAACAGUUCUAAUGAAUUUAUAAAUAGAAAUGAUAUGAAUAUAAUAUUUAGUUAUGUACAUGAAUCUGAGAGAGAAAAAUUUAAAAAGGUAGAAGAAAAUAUAUUUAAAUUUAUUCAAAGUAUAGUAGAAACAUAUAAAAUACCAGAUGAAUAUAAAAUGAGAAAAUUCAAAUUUGCACACUUUGAAAUGCAAGGAUAUGCAUUAAAACAAGAAAAGUUCCUUUUAGAAUAUGCUUUUCUUUCCUUAAAUGGUAAAUUAUGUGAACGUAAAAAAUUUAAAGAAGUUUUAGAAUAUGUAAAAAGGGAAUGGAUUGAGUUUAGAAAAUCAAUGUUUGACGUAUGGAAGGAAAAAUUAGCUUCUGAAUUCAGAGAACAUGGUGAAAUGCUAAAUCAAAAAAGAAAACUUAAACAACAUGAACUUGAUAGAAGAGCACAAAGGGAAAAAAUGUUAGAAGAACAUAGUAGAGGAAUAUUUGCUAAAGGAUAUUUGGGAGAAGUAGAAUCAGAAACUAUAAAAAAGAAAACGGAACACCAUGAAAAUGUAAAUGAAGAUAAUGUAGAAAAACCAAAAUUGCAACAACAUAAAGUUCAACCACCAAAAGUCCAACAACAAAAAGUUCAACCACCAAAAUCACAACAACAAAAAGUUCAACCACCAAAAUCACAACAACAAAAAGUUCAACCACCAAAAGUACAACAACAAAAAGUUCAACCACCAAAAGUGCAAAAACCAAAACUUCAAAAUCAAAAAGGACAAAAGCAAGUAUCUCCCAAAGCAAAGGGUAAUAAUCAAGCGAAACCAACCAAAGGAAACAAGUUAAAGAAAAAUUAA